AUGGGGAGGACUACCAGACUGUUGCCUGGCGGCAUCUAUGCCGCCGUCAUGACUUUCUUCGACUCCAAUACGGAGGACAUCGACCUUCAAACCCAGAACCAACACACCGCGCGUCUCGCGAAGGCGGGCAUCGCCGGCUUCGUCGUCAUGGGCUCCAAUGGCGAAGCACCUCACCUGUCAAUUGAGGAGCGCAGCGCCAUCAUUCGCGAGACCCGUUCCUGCUUGGAUGGCCUCGGCAAAAGCGAGACUCCCAUCAUCGCCGGCUGCUCUGAUCAAUCGGUCCGGGGCACUGUCCAUCUCUGUCGCGAGGCUGCUCUCGCUGGUAAUGUCAUCGAGCGCUUCUUCAUCGCUGUCGCGGAACAAUCGCCUAUACCUAUUAUCCUCUAUAGUUUUCCCGGUGUAUCUGCAGGCAUAGAGAUGGACUCUGGCCUCCUGGGCCGCAUCUCUCAACACCCCAACGUGGCCGGAACAAAGUUUACCUGCGGCGACACCGGGAAGCUGAGCCGUGUCGCCACAGCAGUGAAGUCGCGCCAGCCGUACGCCAUCUUCGGAGGCCUGGCUGACUUCAUCCUGCCUGCGCUUGUCGCGGGCGCAACUGGCGUAAUAGCCGGCGGCGCUAACGUCACGCCCCUGACUUGUGUCAAAGUCUUUGACCUGUGGAGAGAAGGCAAGGUGGAGGCAGCCCGGGAGAUGCGGGCUGUUCUUGCACAGGGCGACUGGGAGCAUACGGCCAGGGGCAUCUCGGGGACAAAGGCAGCGCUCAAUAUUCUCUUCGGGUACGGGGGAAAGCCUCGUCGGCCACUUGAGGCUCUACCACAGGCCUCUGUGGUGGAAAUGCAGCGUGGCCUGGAGGGGUUAAUCGCUCUAGAAGAACAGCUCACGGUUCGGCCGGCAUUAUGA